UCUCCUUGCAAAAAGGGCCGGAGUCUGACGUGGUCAGUGCAAUCAAAACACAAGCAGGGUGGACGCGCCGGGAGGGCUUCUCUGCAGCCUGCCCAAAUUGCACCGCCGCCAGCCGCAGCCAGCUUGGGUCCAUUAACGCUCCAGGUCCAUCCCUAACAUGGCGGAAGGCGGCUUCGACCCCUGUGAGUGUAUUUGCGCGCAUGAGCACGCCAUGAGGAGGUUGAUCGAUCUGUUACGGCAAUCUCAGUCCUAUUGCACGGAUACAGAAUGUCUUCAGGAACUGCCGGGACCGAAUCCCUCUGCUGACAAUGACUUCGGCGUCACCAUGAUGAUGGUGGGCUGGCUGGUUCUAGCACUGGUUUUGUUCUUGAUGAGACCCACCAGCUUAAGGAGAUCGAUUACUACUGAAAAGCCGUCUCGCCCGCAUAGCGAAUAUCCACAGUGGGGAGUUAAAGAAUACACUGGGAAGACUUUUUGA